AUGUCCUCCAACGUUGGCCUCUCCACCCCCCGCGGAAGCGGCACAUCAGGCUACGUCCAGCGGAACUAUGCCUUCAUGAAACCACGCGCAGCGGGCUACGGUGCCCCGUAUCCACCGACCGGGACGGGAGCAAACGGCAGCGAGAUCGAGCGUCCCUUCAAGCAGCGCCAGCCUGAUAAGCAGAUCCUGGAGCAUGAUCGGCGGCGAGCGAUCGAGGUGAAAGUGCUAGAGGAGCGGGAGAGGCUUGAAGAGCGAAACGAGGAGCUAGAAGCAGAGGAGCUUGCGAAAAAGAAAACCAAGGGAGAGAACGAGGAGGGCGAAGAAAGCGAUUCGAAGAUCCUUUCAGAGGAGGAGAUCGAGGAACGAUGCGAAGCUCUACGCGCAAGACUGAGAAAACAGUUCAAGGCGUACCAGGUGCAUGAGCUUGCGGAGGCGAAGAUCGAGGAGAGCGAGCGGCUGCGCAGAGCCCUGGGGAUUAGAGACGACUGGGAGAGCGGAGCUCCAGGGAGAUCUUCGGGGGGAAGGGGGGACAGAGAAGCCGCUCCAUACGAGAGAAGGAGAGAUUAG